AUGACUUCAACUAUGUCUAUUAAAUAUCUUGAAGGGUACUUUAUUACAAAAUUGCAGAAGUAUCUUCUUGAAGGUGCCUUUAUUAUAGAAUUACAGAAAUUUCUACUUGAAGGUCCAAUUAUUAAAGAAUUACAGAAAUAUCAUCCUGAAGGUUCCUUUAUUAUAGAAUUACAGAAAUGUAUACUUGAAGGUCCAUUUAUUAAAGAAUUACAGAAAUAUCAUCCUGAAGGUUCCUUUAUUAUAGAAUUACAGAAAUGUCUAUUUGAAGGUCCAAUUAUUAAAGAAUUACAUAAAUAUCAUCCUGAAGGUUCCUUUAUUAUAAAAUUACAGAAAUGUCUACUUGAAGGUCCAAUUAUUAAAGAGUUACAGAAAUACCAUCCUGAAGGUUCCUUGAUUAUAGAAUUACAGAAAUGUCUACUUGAAGGUCCAUUUAUUAAAGAAUUACAGAAGUGCCUUCUUGAAGGUUCAGUUAUUGAAGAAUUACAGAAAUACCAUCCUGAAGGUUCCUUGAUUAUAGAACUACAGAAAUGUCUACUUGAAAGUCCAUUUAUUAAAGAAUUACAGAAGUGUCUUCUUGAAGGUUCAUUUAUUCAAGAAUUACAGAAAUAUCAUCUUGAAGGUUCCUUUAUUAUCGAAUUACAGAAAUGUCUACUUGAAGGUCCAAUUAUUAAAGAGUUACAGAAAUACCAUCCUGAAGGUUCCUUGAUUAUAGAAUUACAGAAAUAUCAUCUUGAAGGUUCCUUUAUUAUUGAAUUACAGAAAUGUCUACUUGAAGGUCCAUUUAUUAAAGAAUUACAGAAGUGUCUUCUUGAAGGUUCAUUUAUUCAAGAAUUACAGAAAUAUCAUCUUGGAGUUUCCUUUAUUAUCGAAUUACAGAAAUGUCUACUUGAAGGUCCAAUUAUUAAAGAGUUACAAAAAUACCAUCCUGAAGGUUUCUUGAUUAUAGAAUUACAGAAAUGUCUACUUGAAGGUCCAUUUAUUAAAGAAUUACAGAAGUGUCUUCUUGAAGGUUCAUUUAUUCAAGAAUUACAGAAAUAUCAUCUGAAGGUUCCUUUAUUAUAGAAUUACAGAAAUGUAUACUUGAAGGUCCAUUUAUUAAAGAAUUACAGAAAUAUCAUCCUGAAGGUUCCUUUAUUAUAGAAUUACAGAAAUGUCUAUUUGAAGGUCCAAUUAUUAAAGAAUUACAUAAAUAUCAUCCUGAAGGUUCCUUUAUUAUAAAAUUACAGAAAUGUCUACUUGAAGGUCCAAUUAUUAAAGAGUUACAGAAAUACCAUCCUGAAGGUUCCUUGAUUAUAGAAUUACAGAAAUGUCUACUUGAAGGUCCAUUUAUUAAAGAAUUACAGAAGUGUCUUCUUGAAGGUUCAUUUAUUGAAGAAUUACAGAAAUAUCAUCCUGAAGGUUCCUUUAUGAUAGAAUUACAGAAAUGUCUAUUUGAAGGGCCAAUUAUUAAAGAAUUACAGAAAUAUCAUCUGAAGGUUCAUUUAUUAUAGAAUUACAGAAAUGUCUAUUUGAAGGUUCAUUUAUUGAAGAAUUACAGAAAUAUCCUCUUGAAGGCUCAUUUCCAAAAGAAUUAGAGAAAUAUCAUGUAGAUGGGCCUUUUAUAAAUGAAUUGCUGUGGUCUUAUCUUGGUGGUUUAUUUUUAAUUCCAGAACUAUUGUAUUGAAGAUCCAUUUGAAAGACUUUUGUAAUGAUGCUUUCUAAAACACUUGUUAAAUAGAGUAUCGAGGACUUUUUAUGUUUUGAAGAUUUAUCCCUGAAAAAUUAUUGGUGUGCAUUCUGGAUGUCACUUACAGAUUCACUGAAAUUGUUAUGAAAGUAAAAUAUAUUUUCUUAUUUCAAUUGAAUUUGUUAUGUUAUAUGAUUGA